AUUGAAUCAGCUAUUUAUAUGAUGAAACUACUUAGUACCUUACUAGGUGUCGGAUUGAAUAGGGACCCAUAAUUGUGCACAUCAUCACAAAAUGUACUUAAACCAAACUUAAAUUCAAUGCCUUCCCCAUUUCCACAAAACACAUUCCAUUCUCACCUCCUUUUCUCUCUCUCUCUCUCUCUCUCUCCUCACCUUUCUCCAUAAUUAUGAACACCAAUCAGCAGCAGAAGAAGACUGCAGAAAGAGUUGCAGAGUACAAGAAGCAAGAAGCUGAGAACUUUAAGGUUGAAGAAAGAGAGAGACAGCAGGCAAUUCAAGAAUCAUCAUCACCUUCAGCUUCUUCUCCUUCACAUGACUUCUCCUUCACAAUCUCUCUUCAUCCUCCUUCCUCUUCUGACAGAGCAAAACCCACUCCUCCAUCCUUUGCCAUUGACUUGUCUCCAGCAGAUGAUAUCUUCUUCCAUGGCCACUUGCUUCCCCUCCACCUCCUCUCCCACCACCUUCCUUCUUCCUCCCCCCGCUCCUCCAUCGACAGUUUCACCAUCCCGAUCAAAGAUAUUUGGGACACUCAAGACACCAUCAAAGACAGCUCAAGUUGCAGCACCACCCAACACCACCAAACUGAGCCUACUGAACCAGGUGGGAGAAUCAAAUCCAAGCCUUUCUCAUUGUUCGGUUUCCCCAAGUGGCGAAAAGGCUGCGAGAUUACCGAGCCAGACGAUAAAGCAAAGCACAAGAGGAAGCUGGGGUUUGAUGUUUCUCAAGUUCUAAAACGAUAUGCAAAAGUGGUCAGGCCAUUGUUGUUCUUCAGAUGGAGGAAAGAAAACUUACACAUUCGUCGCCAAGCUUAUUCGUUUUCGGGUAAUUUGAAUCCACGAAAUAAGCAAGAAUUGAGAGGAAAAAGAGGAGAAGUCUCAGCUCCAGCAUCCAUGAGGACAUCCCCCACAAAUAGCGGCCUUCUCGUCGCAACUCCAUCUAUGUCUUCUUCUACUAGUGAUAGCACCAUGGAGGAAUUACAGUCUGCAAUUCAAGCUGCCAUUGCUCACUGUAAGAACUCCAUUGCUAAAGAAGAUAACACCAAUGUCAAAAGCUGAUAUAAAUGCUAAAUCUUUACUGCUUGCAAAUUCAGAUUCUUGUACAAUAUCAGGGGGGAGGGAGGGAGGUGAAAUGAGGUUUGUAUUUAAUGUAAAAAGCCAAUGCCUAAUUGUUCUGCUACAUACUUUUUCUUUUGUGGAUUAUAAGAUUUCGAAAACCCUCCUUGGCUCGCACAUA